GCAGCUUGGCCUUGACCUAAGCAACAUGCGGGGACAGUGUUACGACGUGUGCCAAGAUGAACGUCAACCCAUCUGUUCCGAGGUCAUGCGGCAGGCAGACACACCGGGACAACGUUCCAGCUGACACACCAUCCGAGUAUUACAAGCGGUCGAUCAGCAUACCUCUCCUGGACCACAUGGUAGGAGAGAUGAAAAGCCGCUUCACAAGCCAUCAUCGAACUACUCUCCAGGCGUUCUGUGUGGUACCUUCGAUCCUGCUCUCGUCGUCAAUUGCCGAAGCAAACACAGCCAUCAACAAGUUGGUUGGGACGUAUUCCGUUGACUUCCCAUCCGCAGCCAGCGUGGAGAGUGAGCUGCAUUGCUGGCACACCAAGUGGUCGAAUGUUUGGAAUGAGCAUGGCGAGCCUGCUAUUCCGACCUCGGCUGCCCUGUCAUUACCUCACGCCAGCCAGAUGUUUCCCAACAUCCGUGCCAUACUGCAGCUGCUCUGCACUCUUCCCGUUACGUCCUGCUCAUCCGAGCGUUCAUUCAGUGCUCUGAAAAGGAUCAAGGAUCGCCAGAGGUCAACGAUGGGCAAUGAGCGCUUGACCGGCCUCGCCCUGCUGCACAUUCACCAUGAUAUCCCGGUGAGCAUCGAUGCGGUCAUAGAUGAGUUUGCGCGGCGCCAUCCAAAGCAGAUGCACCUGACAAACAUCGUCGCCACCGCACCUCAAGCUGCUGCACCAGAUUCAGCUUGAACUGUGGGUCCUGACUUGAUUUCCAGUCACCAGUCACCUGCAUACUAUUAAUUUUGCUUGCUCUAAAUUGACUAAAUACAUCAUUAGUAUCGGAUAUCUACUCCCAAACUAUCACUUUAAUAAUAGCAUAGUAUACAGUACACUAGCUGUCACACAGAAGAG